AUGAACCGGCAAUGGAUGUACGGUGACAGACACACCCGCGAGUACAUUAAGGGCGUGCAUGAGUUUCUCGAUGCGGCUGAGGCAAACAAGCAGAAUGGUUUUACGUGUUGUCCAUGCACUGAAUGUGGGAGUAUGAGGUCUUACUCUAACCGGAAAAUCCUUCACUCCCACCUGCUUUACAAGGGUUUCAUGCCACACUAUAAUGUUUGGACGAGGCACGGAGAAAUAGGGGUUAUGAUGGAAGACGGCGAAGAAGAAGAGUACGAUGACAACUAUGUGCCUCCUGAAUACGGUGAUGCUGCAACGGGGGGAGCUGGUGAAGAUCAAGAGGAACCAGACGAUGUGCCCAAUGAUGCUGCCACGGGUGAAGCUGCUGAAGACCAAGAGGAACUAGACGAUGUGCCCGAUGAUGAUGAUCUCCGCCGGGUCAUUGUCGAUGCAAGGACGCAAUGCAUUAGUCAAAAGGAGAAGCUGAAGUUCGAUCGCAUGUUAGAGGAUCACAAAAAAGGGUUAUACCCCAAUUGCGAAGAUGGCAACACAAAGCUCGGUACCGUACUGGAAUUGCUGCAGUGGAAGGCAGAUAAUGCUGUGGCUGACAAAGGAUUUGAGAAGCUACUGAAAAUAUUGAAGAAGAAGCUUCCAAACGAUAACGAAUUGCCCGACAGUACAUACGCAGCAAAGAAGGUCGUAUGCCCUCUAGGAUUGGAGGUGGAGAAGAUACAUGCAUGCCCUAAUGACUGCAUCCUCUACCGCGGUGCAUACAAGGAUCUGAACGCAUGCCCGGUAUGCGGUGCGUUGCGGUAUAAGAUCAGACGAGAUGACCCUGGUGAUGUUGACGGCGAGCCCCUCAGGAAGAGGGUUCCUGCGAAGGUGAUGUGGUAUGCUCCUAUAAUACCACGGUUGAAACGUCUGUUCAGAAACGAAGAGCAUGCCGAGUUGAUGCGAUGGCACAGUGAGAACCGAAAGAAAGAUGUGAAGUUGAGAGCACCCGCUGACGGGUCGCAGUGGAGAAAAAUCGAGAGAAAGUACUGGGAUGAGUUUGCAAAGGACCCAAGGAAUGUCAGGAAGAAUGUGUACCUAGGCCAUCGUCGAUUUCUUCCGACCAACCAUCAAUGUCGAAAGAAAGGCAAGCAUUUCAAAGGCGAGGCAGAUCACCGGAAGAAGCCCGCCAUGCGCACCGGUGUUCACGUGCUUGCUAUGGUCAAUGAUUUACACUACGUAAUCUUUGGAAAGGGUCCCGGUGGACUAGCUGUUCCGAAUGACGCUGAGGGACACGCACCCAUGUGGAAGAAGAAAUCUAUAUUUUGGGACCUACCCUACUGGAAAGACCUAGAGGUCCGCUCCUCAAUCGACGUGAUGCACGUGACGAAGAACCUUUGCGUGAACCUGCUAGGCUUCUUGGGCGUGUAUGGGAAGACAAAAGAUACACCCGAGGCACGAGAGGACCUGCAACGUUUGCACGAA